CCCAAUUUAGGCCCAAUAAACACAAUCGACGGCGGGGAUCUCGCGGCUAGGGUCUCGAACGGGCUUGCUCCGCAGUAUGGGUUUAGGGGCUCGGUCGAUCCGGCGAAGAGCCGCGGAGAAGAAGACAUCCCGAUCCAAUGGCGAAGAUUAAGGUCCACGAGCUCCGGGGGAAGACCAAGGCGGAGCUGCAUAACCGGCUCAAGGACCUCAAGAACGAGCUCAGCCUCGUCCGCGUCGCCAAGGUCACCGGCGGUGCUCCCAACAAGCUCUCCAAGAUCAAGGUGGUGAGGCUGUCGAUUCCGCGGGUGCUGACGGUCACCUCGCAGAAGCAGAAGGCAGCGCUGAGGGAGGCAUACAAGAAGAAGAAGCGCAUCCCGCUCGACCUCAGGCCUAAAAGGACUCGUGCGAUCCGCUGCCGCCUUUCCAAGUAUCAGGUUGAGAAACUUCUUUCAACCUCGAUCUUUGUACAGGUGGCAGAGCUCGACGUUUCCACCUCAGAGGCACCUUGGCUAUCCCUAUGCACAUAGGCCAGAAUCAUGUCGAGCUGUCCAGGACAUCAAUGAUAUUUUCCUAUAACGGUGCCUCUAUAUGUUCUACUCUUUUUUGCUAUUGGUCAUUCCUACCAAAACAUUUAUUUAAUCAAAGUGUAACUGCCAAACAAGGUUUUCUGGUGAUCACUUGAUUCCUUUAUCUAGUUUUCCAUCCUCAUCAAUUAGUUUAUAUGUUUGUGUAGCUUGAACCUUUGACUACAUGGUUGUGCAUAAAGUGUCAUGCUGAUCUGCAUAGGCUGGCACGGGUUAACAUGGGCUCUGCAUUGAGCCAUGCUGGCAGUGCUGACAAAUGGGCAAGUCAAUUUCGGUCAUGUGUUAGUUGGCAGAGUAUUGUGGUGAUUGGUAAAGUGGGGAAUUCGUGUGCCCUCACGUCAUUAAACGACAAACUUAGUGUAGAUUGGUGCAAACAUGUAACUUUUCACAUGUUAUAUUCCUGGUGGUUGGUUAUUGGUGACAUGGAAUGUAUACUAUGUCUUGUGGGCACAAAUGGAUAUCUAGGAGUGUAUUAGACUCUUCAGUACUUAAAUAUAGUAAAGGUUGCGAUUAGUGUCAUUUAUGAUGAGGAGAAGGGUUAGAUGAUGAAAAGAGAAGGCAACCGUGGCCUACUAGUGUAAGAGAGGAUGCCAUGUUUAACAUUUAUGAUCUUCAUUAUGGUGCUACCUAACUUAAAGAUAUGGUGUGACUUGAGUAGGUGAGGGACAUGGGUCUUUCACUUGUAAAAAUAGUAAAGAAUAUAAAUGUAUGAUGUUAUAUGAUGUUAUAUAUUAAAGAAUAUAAAUGUAUUCACUGGUAUUUAUAUUAAAGAAUAUAAAUGUAUGAUGUUAUAUGGAAACACACUUGGUUUAUUCUUCUCAGUGUCGUUCCUAUUGGUGAGUAAAUUUUUGUUUAACAAUUGAUCUGCAACUGUUUAAUAAUAGUUGUAGAGCAAACUAGUUCCAUGUCAACAAAAUGUGAAGUUCCAACAUCAUUGUAAAUGUUGUAACACCUCGAUUAGUACUACAACGGAGGUGGACAAGACUAAGGUUGACUUAUAAGGGUAUAAUGAAUGUACUGCUAUCAACUUCAGUUUAAACAUUUUGACUAGUGGUUUGGGCCAAACGAAGUUAAUAGACCAGUUAGCCCAUCAUGCCCGAGUCAUGACGUUUGGUAUCAAAGUCGACCUAGUAUUUUGGUAUGAUAAGGGGGCUCGAGUAGGAAAGAGCUAUCCGCGGAUGGAAUCAAAGGACUUGUCACGGCGUAGAGCCACAAUUGGACUACGCCUCACAUGUAUCAUGCUAGGGUUUGACCUUGUUAUCAGACUGAUAUUAUUGUUAUCUCGCAUCGUAGUUUAGAUGAAGCGUAUAUACCAUGUGGUUAUCUUCAUGUUAAGCUGAUUCAGAUGCUAUUAUGGUUACCGCGGAAAGACGGUUUCUCCAAUCGUAAUUUGACAACCGACACAAAUCCAGUCUUUCCUUCUUCAUUUGGCAGCGUAAUGAUUUUUAUUCAAGCACUAAUGGCAUACAUCGACUGAAAAUUUUGUUUGUUCCGA